UUUCUUAUUCAACAAAUGAAGUACUUUUGAGAUAUAUAUAUGACUCUGGCUAAACGUCUCUAACAUUUGAAGAAUUAAUGACACGCAGUCAUACCGACUCUUCACAAAUAAUUUCAAUAUGCCAAAAGGCAGAGAAAAAUGCUUGGAGAUUGUGAAGGCAAACUUGCUUGUCCUUUUGACCUUAGUAGGGGCUGCAAUUGGAUUCAUUAUAGGUGUGAUUGUUCGGAAUACAAACCCAACAGACAGCACACUUAUGUGGGUUGGUAUUUUAGGAGAGGUUUACCUAAACAUGUUGAAAAUGAUGAUUGUUCCUCUGAUAGUAGCUUCAGUUAUAACAGGAACAGCAACUCUAGACCCUAAAUCUAAUGGAAAAAUAAGUUUAGUGUGUCUGGGUUAUAUUAUGUCUAUGAAUUUCCUUGGUUGUUUAGUUGGAAGUAUACUUUGCAUUAUUGUCCGACCAGGGGAAAUUGAUAAAACAGAAGUCCAAGCUUUUAACUCAGUUCCUUUAGAAACGGAGGAUAUUUUUGCCGAUUUACUGAGAAACAUUUUUCCUGGCAAUUUGAUAGCUGCGACAUUUCGCAAGACAAUGACGAGCUAUGAUACAGAACAAUACAGGGUUAAUGAAACAGUAAAUGGGACAAUCGUAGAAGUUAUAAAAACUGUGGUGACUGGCAAAAAUCUGUCGUCUGCUAAUAGUACAAAUAUUCUAGGUAUUUUGAUUGCUUGUGCUGUGUUCGGAAUUGCCACAGCAUCAGCAAAAGAAAUUGGACAACCUUUCUUCAAAUUCUUCUACUCAGCUACUGAAAUUAUCUUAUUGAUUUUAGGAAAGCUAUUUUGGUUCACACCAAUUGGUGUGGCAAGUUUGAUUGGUAAAACUAUUGGAGGAACAAAGAACUUGGAGGAUGAUUUCAGUAGACUUGGAUUAUACAUAGCAACACAAAUGAUUGGUUAUUUACUCGUAGUUAUAGCAGCAGUACCAAUUACGUAUUUCACUCUGAUGAAAAUGAAUCCGUUCAAAUUCCUUUUCACCUUGGUUAAUGCUUUUGUUAUAGUUUUUGCUACUUCUAGCACAGCCAUGGCUAUUCCUGAGAGUAUUCGGCAAUUAGAAGGACCAAACAAAGUGGAUCGUCGAGUGACUCGAUUUAGUAUACCCUUAUGUGCUGCUAUUGGACGUUGUGGAAGCUGUAUUUACAUAAGUAUAUCAUGUUUGUUUGUCAUGCAAAUCACCGAUCAGGAUGUGGACGCUGCUUCCGUUAUUUUAGUCAUUAUUUUGACAGCAUUUUCGUCCUUGGCUGUACCGUCUGUGGCUGGGGCAAGCUUGAUUACUGUGAUCAUUUUACUCACCGCACUUAAUAUCCCACCGGAAGCGGCAGCUCUUCUUUUCUCAUUCGAAUGGCUUCUAGACAGAAUGAGGUCAUGUACAACUACAGCGUACAAUCGACCUGUGUAGUGGUUACCCAGAGGCUGUGUUUGUCUUCUUUAAUGACUGAAAACAAAGACGAGGAAGACAUUCCGGAUAUAAAUGAAAACGGCAAUGGAAUACAAUUAGCGUUGGUGGUUGAUGAUGAAAAACACUUACAAGAGUAAACAUUAAAACAAUGCCUUCGAUAUCAUUUGCUUAGUUUCCCUUAGCCUAGGAAUAGUUUGUAGCUUUCAAUAUCAUUAAAAUAGGUUUUCUUUGAUCAUAAUACCAAGUCUGUUAUAAUCCAUUAAAAUGAACUCAAUAUAUUUGACCACCAUUG